AUCCGGUCAGGCGGUGACAGGGGCAUCUUCCCGCUGGACAUCCCGCCUCUCUGCUGGUUUAGUGGGGUGUGAGGGAGAAUAGGUGAGCGAGGCUAGCGAGCGGUUCGGUAUCUAGGCUGGUAUGUGCGGCACUACAACCAACAGCCAGGAUGUCUUUGCCUCCAGGAAAAGCCACUGAACUGAGACAAAUCAUCCAUGAUCAGUUGAAUAGAAUGGAUGUGCAUGGGAAAAUCCGUGAGGUUUUGGCUGAAUCAUUACAGGAGGAAUUCAGAGCAGAACGGGAACACAUUUCUGAAGCUGAUCUAAUGAAAGCCUUAAGACGGAGGGGAAUAAUUGAUGAUGUCAUGAAAGAACUCCAUUUGAUGGAGGACAAGUAUCCGAGAGAAUUCACCUCAACCCCAAAACCUUCAACACAUUUUGUUGAUAAAGAAUUACGGACAAUGAAAAAAACAAAUAUUGACCCCACAAGGAGAUAUCUCCAUCUGCAAGUAUUGGGCGGUAAAGCUUUUUUAGAACAUUUACAAGAACCAGAGCCUCUGCCAGGCCAGGUCUGCUCUACUUUUAUCCUCAGUUUACAUUUCCGAAACCAACGUUUUCGCUCCAAACCAAUACCAUGUGCAUGUGAGCCAGACUUUCAGGAUGGAUUCUUGCUGGAAGUGCAUAAAGAUAGCUUGGGAGAUGGAAGCAGAAUGGCUGACCCAACUACUAUGUUAUCAAUUUGUGAUCCUGUGCACUUAGUGUUAAUCAAAACAGACCCAUCAGGUGAAACCACCUUAGUCGCAUCUCACUUUCUGGAGUGGCGCUAUGUUCUUGCCACAGAGAGAGGUGUGAUGAGCACGGCUGUAGAACUCUAUGGAGUAGGAUCUGAAUGCAAAGUGUCUGCUGGCAUCUUGAAUAUAAAACUGGAGUUAUAUCCUCAGCUUAAUCAGGUUCUUUCUCAAGAGAUCGUUAACACUCAGCUUACAUUAGAGAGACAGAAGACUGCAGAGAAGGAGCGAUUGUUUUUGGUAUAUGCAAAGCAGUGGUGGAGAGAGUACCUACAGAUCCGACCAUCACAUAACUCAAGGCUUGUAAAGAUUUUUGCACAGGAUGAAAAUUCGAUAAACAGACCAGUUUGCUCCUACAUUCGUCCUUUUAGAGCAGGACGACUGCUUGAUACCCCUAGGCAAGCAGCACGUUUUGUUAAUGUCUUGGGGUAUGAAAAAGCUCCAGUGGUUGGAGGUGGUGGUGGUAAACAGGAACAGUGGUGCACACUACUGGCUUUUCUAUGCCGAAAUAAGGGGGACUGUGAAGAUCAUGCCAACCUUCUAUGCAGCCUUCUUCUGGGCUUUGGUUUGGAUGCUUAUGUAUGUGUUGGGACCAAGGGCAAAGGUGUGGCUCACGCAUGGGUGAUGACCUGUGGAACUGAUGGCGCAAUCACAUUUUGGGAGAGUUUAACUGGUUAUAGGUAUGUGCACAAGCCUAUAAACCCAGAUGAUCCUCCUAUGGUUGAACAGCCGAGGCCACUCUAUCCAUAUCGUACUAUUGGCUGCAUCUUUAAUGACAAGCGCUUCUUGGCCAAUUGUCAACCGUCAGAUUCUGUGGAGCUUUGUGUGUUUGACCUAAAUGAUGAGUCCAGGUGGAAGCCAAUGAGCGAGGAAGCUAUAAAGUCAGUCUGUGCACCAGGGUCAACUACCUCUCUUCCUCCUUUCCCACCGCUCUGUUCCUCUCUGGUGGAUGCAGCAGCAGAAAGCAACGACAUUGAGCUACAGCUCCGAGUUUUUGUGUCUGAGCACAGAAAGGAUCUAGGCCUCACCACAGUUUGGGACGACCAACUCUCCUAUCUCUUGUCACCUGCACUAGCCUCAUAUGAGAUUGAGCGUACUACAGGAAUUUCUGCUGGAAAUGAGGAAUUUCAGGAUGCUAUAAGGCGUGCAAUUCCAGACGGUCACACAUUUAAAGGAUUUCCCAUCCACUUUGUGCAUAGAAAUGCGAGAAGAGUAUUUGCUACAUGCUUAAGGUCUCCUUUUUGUGAUGAGAUUGUCAGCUGUCGUGGAGAUCAGAUGCGAAUUGCUGUUCGCGUGCGCGUUUUCUCAUACCCAGAAUCAGCAUGUGCCGUUUGGAUUAUGUUUGCAUGCAAAUAUCGUUCAGUUUUAUGAUUCACUUUCUUUUUCAAGCAGUGAAGUAUACAGAGGCUUGGAGAAUGUUACCAGUAAGGGUUAUUUUAAAAGCCCAUUAUUUAUUUUUAUUAUUUGUAUAUUUAUAAUAUAAUUUUUAUCUUUUGUAUAUUUAUAAUAAUGCUGCUAUUUCAAUAUAUUAUGGGUGUAUAUUUUUCAUAAAAUGAAACGUGUUUUAAGUAAUAAAAAAAAAAUUAUAGAAAA